AUGCACGCCGAAGGGUCUUCACCACCACCUCAAGAGAUAGAUACUCCUCCAAUAACUCAUUCAAACUCAGAAACCCCAACGCCCAGCGUAAAUGGAGGCAACGUGCAGCCAGCAACCUCCAGUGCUCCGUCCCGCAAACGGAAGCGACCACCGGCAACUGCCCCGUCUCCUGCACCUUCAGAUCCAGGAAGCAACACUGGGAACGGAGCAAAUGCGACAGAUCUUCUGCCAACCUCUCGGGCAGACCUUUCUUCAAGGCCUAUCCUCACAAUCUCACGUGGCCCCAUUUUCGUUCCAACGGCAGAAGGAUCGGAAUGGUUCAAGACCGAGAUGGUGGGCGUGAACCGCAUAGGAUACCGCUACGUACCCGCCGGUAUCAAUCCAGCAGGCUAUGCCUCACCCUGCCGUACGAUCGAGAGCAAUCCAACGUCACUCCGUGUCAGCUGGGAAGACCGCAGCCCCUUCCUCAAGGUGAAAAAAGAUGGGCUGAGCAUCUGCGGCAGCAAGGGCUUCCGCAGCGCGCGUUGUAACGCUCCAUUUCGCGAGGGGAAGUGGUAUAUGGAAGUCAAAAUCCUGCAUGGUGGCGGAGAACACGUCGUAGACGAGGCACGUCGCGAAGGAAGUCACGUAAGACUGGGGUGGGGACGGAGAGAAGCUCCUCUGAAUGCACCUGUGGGUCUGGACGGCUACAGCUAUGGCUUCCGCGACAAAACAGGCGAGAAGGUCACACUAUCUCGGCCACGGCCCUAUGGCCGUCCAUUCGGCACUGGCGAUGUUGUAGGGAUGUACAUCUCUCUUGCCCCGCGUCGGAAACCGAAUCCAAAAGACCCCCAUGAUCCAGCCCACCUGAAACGUGAACGAAUUCCUAUCGACUUGAAGGGCCAGGAAGUAUUCGAAAUCCUAGAAUACCCGCAGUCCAAAGAGAUGGCGGCACUCAUGGACUACUCUGGAAAAACCACAAAUUCCGCCUCCCUCCCGUCAACGGCCAAGAAGCCAGUAGGCGGGAAGCCAGAGCGCGGACCGUCUCAGCCUGGCUCGAAAUCUCCAGCGACGAACCUUCGCCCUCUGCCUAUCCUUCCUGGUUCUCGAAUAGCUUUUUUCGUCAACGGUGAGUGUCAAGGACUAGCAUUCCAGGACCUGUACGACUACAUCCCUCUACGUCAAACUGAGACACAACGAAAAGCAAACUCGCGAAGACGGGCGAGAGAAGGUGUGAAGGAGCAUCGAGAAAACUCCUUCGACGACGGCACGCUAGGAUACUACCCCUUCAUUUCCCUGUUUAAUGAUGCGAGUGUGCGUCUCAACCCUGGACCAGACUUCGAGUACCCUCCUCCAUCUGAUAUCGAUGCUUUUCUGGAUAGCAUGUCGUCUGAGCAACCCGUCAAACCUCCAGACUCCAGUCAUCCAGACCCUUCAGACAUAUCCAUAUCGAUAGAACUGUCUCAUCCUCCGCAAAACCCUAUGCCCGUCGCAGCCGAAGGUGCGGAUGUCAAACCAUCAAUUCCAAUUCCAAUGGACGUCGAAGCUACGGAAAACGCCAAUCGCACUUCUGCCUCCGACACCGACCCUGCACCUGCACCCUCUGCCUCUUCCUCGCGAACCUGGCGUCCCGCAUUCGAGCGCUACCCCGAGUUCAUGGCGGAAGAGUGGGCAUUUGAUGCACUGGAGGAGGAAGAGGCCAAGGUCGAGGCUGCCAAACAUGCCGCAGCGGACAAGGCGGAAGAGGAGAAGCGCAAGCAGCGUGAAAAGAGGAGGCAGCAGGCCGAAGCCCGUAAGAAGGCGCGGAAGGCGGCCGCUGAGCAGGCAGCAAACGCCACUUUGGCGGAGGAGGAGCACGAGAUUUCUCUUGGAAGGGAAGGAGGCGGCGGGAGGGCCACACCGGUGUCGGCGGUGUAUGGGCAUGUUGGGGUGCAUAGUACGCAGCCCAGCCCGAGUCCUCUGAGACAGUCAACGGCGUAUGAUGCGUUCGAAGAGGCUGUUGAGUACGUACCUUCGCCUGCGCCUACGUUUGCGUCGUAUGGCGAAGUUCAGGGUGGUCAGAGCGGGUAUACCUCCGAGAAUAAUCAGGAGCAGCAGAUGGAUGAUGAGAUGGAUGUAGAUCAGGAACUCGAGGCGAUCCUGGACAGUUAA